UUUGGCUGGGAGCUCAGAUAACAAAGGCAGAUUGGAAAUAGCCAUCAUUCCAACAGCAUCCUCAGCUUGUACCAGUGGCAGCACGGUCUCCAGAGGAACUAAGACAUGGAGCUCGAUUUUGGACACUUUGAUGAGCGGGAUAAGACUUCGAGGAAUGCAAAAACAUCUCGGAUGAAUGGCUUGCCCAGUCCUACACACAGUGCUCACUGCAGUUUUUACAGAACCCGUACCUUGCAGGCCCUCAGUAAUGAAAAGAAAGCCAAAAAGGUCCGCUUCUACCGCAACGGCGAUCGAUACUUCAAGGGGAUAGUAUAUGCUGUCUCUGCUGACCGCUUUAGAAGUUUUGAUGCCCUGUUGGCUGACUUGACCAGGUCUCUCUCUGAUAACAUUAACUUGCCCCAAGGUGUACGCUACAUCUACACCAUUGAUGGAACAAUCAAGAUUACUAGCAUGGAUGAACUAGAGGAAGGUGAAAGCUAUGUUUGUUCAUCCGACAACUUUUUCAAGAGACUGGAAUACACUAAGAAUGUCAACCCGAACUGGUCUGUGAAUGUGAAGACACCCUCAGCUCAGAAGAGCCCUCAAUCACUUGGCACCAGCAAUAAUGCCCAGUCUAGGGAGAACAAGGACUUUGUUCGUCCCAAGCUGGUUACUAUCAUUCGGAGUGGAGUAAAACCAAGGAAGGCUGUACGCGUUCUCCUUAAUAAAAAGACAGCCCAUUCGUUCGAGCAAGUACUCACUGAUAUCACCGAAGCCAUUAAACUGGAGACAGGUGUUGUGAAGAAGCUCUACACCUUAGAUGGAAAACAGUUAAUGGUUGUAACGGGAACCGCCGACUACGCUCACCUGGGGUCCGGGGAGGGCACGGUUCCGCCGCUUCUCGCCGCCGGCCGUCUGCGUCCCAGGGUGGAACGCACACAUCCACUUCCGGGUUCGGGCGUCGGAUGCGUUCCACGGUGGGACGCGGAAGUGCGCCGCCUCGACCAGCGGCUCCACCCCCAGCCCCUGGCCCUAUAUAAGCGCCCCAGUGAGACAGUGUGGCGUUCCACUAAUGCAGACUGGACGCCUACUGUCUUCUGGGACCCCACAGCUCUUCUACUCGCCUGA